AUUGUCGUCUUCGUCCCGACACUCCUUUUGCUCCUGCCAUUCCAUGCGCCCAUGGCCAGACCGCCGUGACGGAGAAAGAUGGGUCAAUUUUUGUCGUUCCUUUGCACUCGCCGCCGACUACUAUGAGCGGCUGAAUCUGCGGCCGCUGCCUCUGUCGGCGCUCCUGGCCAGCUUCAACUUCCGCUCCAAUACGACCGUUUCCGAGUUCGAAAAGGGCAACUUCCGCUUCUUCCCGCGAUCGCUCGGUCAGAUCUUGCAACAUGCCGGCACGCGCGAGUUGCAUCUGAGGUUCAGCCUGGGGAGAUGGGACGCCGAGAGCUGGGGUGCGAGACCAUGGAAUGGCGCGAGGGAGGGCGGCACGGGUGUCGAACUGUGGGCGUGGCUCGAGGCCGACACAGACGAGGAAGCCGACCACAAAUGGCUGAUCCUCACCAACGCCCUCUCGGGGCUCUUUUGCGCCUCACUCAACUUUAUCGACGGCACCCGCACGACGCGACCCGUCAUGUCCUUCCAGCCCCAAGGCGACCACUCGACCGUCACAAACAUGCAUCUGCUGUACGGAGUGCUGCCGCACGAGGUGGUUUGCACCGAGAACCUCACCCCCUUCUUGAAGCUUUUGCCGUGCAAGGGGAAGGCUGGCAUCGCAAGUCUGUUGGAUGGUCAUAAGCUGUUUGACGCGUCGUGGCAGACCAUGGCCAUUGAUGUACGGCCCAUCUGCUCGCCUGGACAAGAAUGCGUUCUCCAAAUUGAGCAGACCAUCGACAUGGUUCUCGACAUUGAUCGGUCCAAGCGACCUAGGGACAACCCAAUCCCUCGAUCCCCGCCCGCUGACCAGCUACCUUGCGAUACCUCGAAGCCAUACCACUCCCACGACGCGUGCUUUCCUGCCGACCACACCGCAAAUCAGGACUGGUCCCUCUCGCAGAUCUUUGGGAAACCCAUGAGGGGCACCUGCCCGCUGACCGACUCGUCCAUCCCGCCAGUCUGCCUCCAUGUCCCGGACUCCCGUGAUGUCUUCGUCUCAGAAGGCGUGCACGAGAAAAAGAACUCCGACCAAGUCUGCCGGUGCUACGAGAUACCCCCGUCCGCCGACUUCGAAAUGGCCCUCCCCAAGCCCGAUGACUCGGCCGACCCCACAACAACCGCCAUCGUCAACCCAGAAACUCCUCUCCUCUACGCCGAGCGCAGCUUCACAGGCCACGGUCAAGAGCGCGGCGGCGUGCAAACCAUUCUGCGCAACCCAAGCCCAGACACCGACGUUGAGUUCGUCUACAUGGAAACGCUCCCCUGGUUCAUGCGCAUUUACCUGCACACCCUGGAAGCCCGCGUGGCGGGCGGUUCCCGCACGAACAACAGCACCACAAAGCUCAUCCAGCAAGUCUACUACCGCCCCGCCGUCGACCGCGCCCGCGGCACGCAGCUCGAAGUGCGCAUGCGCGUCCCGCCGGCCUCGACCGUGUUCCUCACCUACGAUUUUGAGAAGUCCAUCCUGCGAUACACCGAGUACCCGCCGGACGCGAACCGCGGGUUCGAUGUCGCCGCGGCGGUCAUCACCGUCAUCAACCCGCUUCAGCGCUCCAAUACGGAAGAGGGAGAAGACGGGACUGCCGCUGGGGGAAGUGGCAGCAGUGGCAGGGUGGCAGCAUAUACCCUGCGGACGACGUCGCUGCUGUGCAGCCUGCCGACGCCCGAUUUCAGUAUGCCAUAUAACGUCAUCAUCUUCACGUCGACGGCCAUUGCCUUGGCGUUUGGCGGAGUGUUUAAUAUCCUGGUUCGCCGGUUCGUUGCAGCUGAUGAAGGGCCUGAGGCGGGGUUGGCGAUUGUGCUGGAAAGGGUAAAGGGGAAGUUGGCGGGAUUGGUCAAGAAGGGGGUGAGCAUGUAAUUAUUGGUUGUCUGUGGCUGAUGAGAAUCCAGGUAUGUGCCUCUGGACGUUCAACAAUCGCGUCGUAGAGAGUAUCACCAUUGUCGCCUCCUAUGCACGCCUCUGAUGUGCAGCUGGCCUGGGUGCAGUGGAGGACCGGCUCUGCCUCCAAUCCCCCGGGUGAAACGGCU